CAUUUUUCACCUUUGCCUCAAUUACCCUUCCUUUUAUUUUCCUCUCUCAAAGAUGCCGAAAUGAAAUGACAUGCAGUGUCUAUAAGAUGGAGUGGAACGAAUUACCAUGUGGCAAAUGGACAGAAUCCCAUGUGAGCUCCUGGUUAAAAUCCAUUGGAGUGAAAGAGAAGUACAUUCUGAAACUGUACGAAGAGGAGGUUACAGGACCUGCACUAAUGAGGCUGCAAAGAGAAUAUCUAUGUGACACAAUUGAAAUGAAAGGUGGCCAAAUCGAACUUCUGCUAUCUAAUCGUAAUGAUCUAUCAAAGCCAAGGCCACAGAAACUAAAAGCAGGCAGUAGCACACAGAGAGAUACCAGAAAUGUUGAAUCCAUUGCUGCAUCCACACAAGAGUCAAAAGACAAAGUUGAGAGUACCAGUGAAACAAGUGAAAAUGAACAAACAUCAAUUGGCACAUCUUCUUCUCUAAGUAACUUCCGUGCAUUUGAUGAACAUGACAAAGACUUCCGAUAUGUCAAGCACAGAGUGCUUCCACCAGAGACUGGAAUUGAAAACAUGAUUGUUCCAUGCCAUGAAUACAAAUCACUGGAAAUUGCCCACAAAUUAGAACCACUGAAGCUUAGAGUCAAAGUCGCAAGUGAGGUAAUCAGAUUUGCUUGUGGGUGCAUGAACAUGCGGACCAAUGGCACAAUACACUUUGGGGUCAUGGAUAAGAUUAAAGGCAGCUACAAGCAUGGUGAAAUCAUUGGAAUACCAGUUGAAAACCAAAGUGACUUUGUGGAUGCAUUGGACUACAUUGAAAACUGCUUCAAGGAUUUAAACCACCAUUCUGAUGCCAGGAAAUGCAUAAGGAAUCCAAAGUUUAUUGAGGUAAUUGACAAGGGGAGCAGUGGAGGAAACUGGAUCAUUGAAUUUGAUGUUGUCCCAAAGGCAAGAGUGGUGAAAGACCAACUCUACAGUGUUACUAUUCCAAAGUUCAGUGAGAAAACCAACAAAGUAAUCUAUGAGGAGAAAGCACCAUACCACAGAGUAGGGGCCAAUACACCCCGCAUACCUGCUGAAGACUUAGUUCAUUUCAUUCAAGGACUGAAAGAGAAAGAUCUACAGAGGGAAGAGGCAGAGUCUUCUACCAGUCAAACAGCUGCAGACACUAGGGAGGAUCUUGGGAGAAAAUUGUCAAUUCUCUUGACCUGUGGAAAAAAGUACAUGGAUGACUCCUUGUCAUUCAUCAUUGUGACAAAUAAGUUUCAAGAAGAACAUCUGAAGACUAUCAACUUCUUAGUGCACAUGAAAAUAUUCUGUGUUUUUGACUUCGAUCCAGACUCCAAAACAUCUGGACUUUGUGGACAAUAUCGUGAGCACCAUGCUGCUAACCUCCACUCUUUGCAUGACUUUGCUAUUGAUCCUGGUCUAAGCAUCACUGACUUCAAGAAGAGCUUACAGCUAUUUGAUAGGACAAGCUGGAUAUUCUGCAAUGUGCGGAAUCAUUACCUUGGUGGAGAAGAUCCUUGUGAUGAAAAAACCUGGAUCAGAACAAAGAAAAAACAACUGAAAAGGACUGUCUCUGUCAUCUGCAAUGAAAUCCUUCCUAAAGGGUCAUUUGUGGUGCUUUUCUUGCUCAUGUCUCAGGUCGAACAGCCACUUGUUGAUACAUUUCAUGAAUUCUAUGCAGAAAUGAAUGGCCAUGAGGAUUUGGCCAUCAUUUCAGAGUCCAAAGAGAACUACAACAAGUGGUCAAGUCUCGCUCAAGCGUCUUGUGAUUUGGAAUCACUGGAACAAAUUAGUAUUGUUGGCAUGCCAAUGAGUCAUGUAGAUGCUACAAUCCAAAGCAUUCAGCUUUCCAAUAAACAACUGACUCGACGCUUACCUGUGUUCAACAAAGGUCUGUGCUUCCUGAAGCCUAUAGAUGAAGACACAAUGCUUUCUCUGGACAUAGUCAGUACUGAUCAGUGUGAAGAAACAAACUUGGAUGUAAUGGGCAAUGACCAAGUUAGUAACAUUGAGAAGUAUUUCUAUCAAGGAGGGAAAAUCAGCUGGAUGCACUUGUGGCUUGCAGAAAAAGUGAAGUGUGAAGAGGUCAUUCAGAGAGACGCAUACAAAGAAACAACCAAGAUUUUAGAGGCCAUUUUACAGGAUGAUACAACAAAAAGUUCCAUUCAGAGUGUCAACAUAUGUCACCAACCUGGCAGUGGUGGAAGCACAGUCGCACAUCAGAUCCUCUGGAACUGUCGAACCAAACUCCGGUGUGCAGUGGUUAAGCAAUCAUACCUAAUUCAAACUGUAUGUCAGCAUUCAGUACGCCUGCGAGAAUAUGAAGAGAAAGACAAAAACCGUUGUCUCCCGGUGCUCUUGCUGCUGGAUGACUGUAAUGCAGAGUAUAUAGAUGAGUUCAGACAUGAAUUAUAUAACGGAAUUACAACCAUGAAGAUCAAUUCUUCUGUAUUAUGUUUCAUCCUUCUUGUCUGCAAAAGAUGCCACAACCCAGAAAAGAUGAGCAGAACAAUGCCUUCGCAGACAGUAGCAGUAACACACAAGCUGUCUAGCCAGGAGAAGAUUCUGUUCAAAAAGAAACGUCAGGAACUGAUUUUUGAACCUGAGUCCAUUCUUGCUUUUGUACUCAUGAGUGAGGAAUACCAAAAGAGUUACAUUGAGGACUUUGUGAAGAACCUACUGGAGGAUAUUGACCACUCAUCUCUCACCACUCGCCUUAUCAGAUUUGUGGCCUUGCUGAACUGUUAUGUUGCGAACUCCAGCAUAUCUGUGUCACAUUGUGAGGCCUCCCUGGGCUUAGGUAUUCAAAUGGAUCGUUUCCGUUACCAUACAUUUGUGAAUUCUCUAAGUGAACAAGCUAAACUUGUUUUCAUACACCUAAGAGAAAGUACAACACAAAUCUCAUCUGUUAGAAUCCAUCCUCUUUUAGCAAAGGAAAUUCUGGAACAGCUCUGCUCUAUCGCAAAGGAUCUUCUCUUAGAUAAGGUGCUGAUGGAUCAUAGGUUUGGUAGGGAUGAAUUUUUAAAGUUUAUCCGAGUUCUGCUCCUCAGACGAAACAAGAUAAGCAGAGGAGAUCCCGACGACAGUUCUUUCUCUCCUUUAAUUGAGCAUGUCUGUACAGAGAAGGAUGGCCUUCAAAAAGCAAUUAAACUUUUAGAAGUAGCCUACACUUACUUUGGAAAGAAUGCAUUUGUAGCCCAGCAGCUUGCACGACUGCUUUACACAAACAAAUUAUUCAUUGAAGCCCAGCACUGGGCGGAGGAAGCAAAAGCACAGCUUCCACAUGACACUUUCAUCCUUGAUACGGUGGGGCAGGUGUACAAGAAGUGGUUUUAUGAACAGCAUGAUGCUCUGAAGAAAGCUGAACUAAGGCCUGAAGAGGUCUCUGAAGCCAUUGGUACAGCUCUGAAAGGAAUUGCUGCCUUCCGUGCCUCUGAAAAAGCUCCGAAAUCAGAGACAGCCAGUCUCAACAGCUCCUACUUUGGGGAAGUAGACGUUGGAUGUCGGCUACUUCAACUCAUAUCAUCAGUGAAUGUUUUCUCAACAAAAGUAUACAUCUACAAAAUGCUGUACUGUAUGAAACAUUAUCAUCACCUUUAAAAAAUUCACUUUAAUCUUGAGUUCAUAUGUAUAACAAAUUACAAAAAUAAUAUUCAUAUUACUCACAACAUGUUUCAUCAUUUGUAUGGGUUAUGUUGAGGCGUUGGCUCAACUUGCCCCUGGCCAAAUGGCACAAUUUACUCCAAAGCAACCAUUUUGACUAUAUUAGCCCACACAGCUACAAGGAUGCACUUUCAUGUUAGGUUUACGACCUCAGAUUGAAGCUUAAAGAUGUAUAAACUGAUGUAUAAAGUCUUAAAACGAUAUACUUUGAAUUAGAUACAAGCGCCAUGAAGCCUCUAACACAUUAAAUUAAUUAGACUUUUUGAAAAUCUGUUUUUGGACCUAACUUGCUUACCACUUUUUCCAUGUGGUAUCUUCCUUCACAGACUCCGUGAAAUUAUGACCUCGUCCUAAAUAUAUGCACAUGGUUUCCCAGAAAAAAGGGGUGGCUCAACUAAAACUUUGGAACAACUUAGCCCACUCUCCCCACCAACCAUGGGCAUGAGGCCCUCUAUCAUGUCUCCUGGAGGCCGCUACUGAAGCUCUCUUCUAUAGGUGUGGACAUUACACCCUUUUACUUUCCUCCUGCUCUGCUAGUAGAAAAACAAAUUAAAUUACCACCUGCUGAUGUCACCAGUCAGACCAAAACUCCAUCCCACCAAAACAAGCUGAAAUUUCAGGUGUUCUUUUAAAACAGCUCUAACACUAAAAGGACAUUAUCAUAGUUUUCACAGUUUCACAAUAUUAUUCCAUCCUCAUAGUGUGGGAAUAUAUAUAAAAGACAAAAAUCACAGUUUUGACUGCACUGGGCCUUUAAGGUGUGAGUGGAAGACAAUAUUCAUGCAAUAUCUGAGCCUUGAUGUAUAUUAUUUUAGCCAGUUUUUCCACAGCCAUUGCAAAGUCAUAGCAACAGAACUCACCCUUACAUGUUAAUAUGAUUUAUUAUAAUAUUUAAGGCUUGAUUCUUUAGACCAGGGGUAUUCAUCCUGGGGUCCAGCAAAAAUAAAACCUUUUUUUUUUAUUUCAAUGUUUUUAUGGAUGUCGCUAGCAACAACAGAAUAAACACAUUUUGAAUUACA